AUGCCAAUGCUUUCACAAAGUAUGCUUAAUGUUAGCUUUGGUCAGAGAUGGCAACUUAAAACGAAAAUUUUGAAAAAUGGAAAACAAGCAAUACUGGAGGCAGCAGCAGCCCGGAGGGCGACUUGCAGGGCGCGCCGGCCGAGCUGGACUCGGGACGCUUUUCACCCCGGGGGAACCCUCCGCUGAUUCUCUCGGCCUCGGCGUCCCUUGGGAGCCCGCGGGACCCCCGGGCGGGCAGAGAGCGCCGGCGGCGGCUGCAGCACCAUGAGGCGGUGGUGGGGCGCGCUGCUGCUUGGCGCCCUGCUCUGCGCACACGGCAUAGCAAGCAAUCUGGAGUGUGCCUGUGGUCGGAGCCACUUCACGUGUGCAGUGAGCGCACUCGGCGAAUGUACCUGCAUCCCCGCCCAGUGGCAGUGUGAUGGAGACAACGACUGUGGAGACCACAGCGAUGAGGAUGGCUGUACGCUGCCUACCUGCUCCCCUCUGGACUUCCACUGUGACAACGGCAAGUGCAUCCGCCGUUCCUGGGUGUGUGACGGGGACAAUGACUGUGAAGAUGACUCUGAUGAGCAGGACUGUCCGCCCAGGGAGUGCGAGGAGGAUGAGUUUCCCUGUCAGAACGGCUACUGCAUCCGGAGUCUGUGGCACUGUGAUGGGGACAAUGACUGUGGUGACAACAGUGAUGAGCAAUGCGACAUGCGCAAGUGCUCAGACAAGGAAUUCCGCUGCAGUGACGGGAGCUGCAUCGCUGAGCAUUGGUACUGCGAUGGUGACACAGACUGCAAAGAUGGCUCUGAUGAGGAGAGCUGCCCCUCAGCAGUACCCUCUCCUCCUUGCAACCUGGAGGAGUUCCAGUGUGCCUAUGGCCGCUGCAUCCUUGACAUCUACCACUGUGAUGGAGAUGACGACUGCGGCGACUGGUCAGACGAGUCUGACUGCUCUUCCCACCAGCCCUGCCGCUCUGGGGAAUUCAUGUGUGACAGUGGCCUGUGCAUCAACGCAGGCUGGCGCUGUGAUGGCGACGCAGACUGUGAUGACCAGUCUGAUGAACGCAACUGCACUACCUCCAUGUGCACAGCUGAACAGUUUCGCUGUCGGUCAGGCCGCUGCGUCCGUCUGUCCUGGCGUUGUGAUGGGGAGGAUGACUGUGCAGACAACAGUGAUGAAGAAAACUGUGAGAACACAGGAAGCCCCCAGUGCGCCUCUGACCAGUUCCUGUGUUGGAACGGGCGUUGUAUUGGACAGAGGAAGCUGUGCAACGGGGUCAAUGACUGCGGUGACAGCAGUGACGAAAGUCCACAGCAGAACUGUCGGCCCCGGACGGGUGAGGAGAACUGCAAUGUUAACAAUGGUGGCUGUGCCCAGAAGUGUCAGAUGGUGCGAGGGGCAGUGCAGUGUACCUGCCACACAGGCUACCGGCUCACAGAGGAUGGGAGAACAUGCCAGGAUGUGAAUGAAUGUGCUGAGGAGGGGUACUGCAGCCAGGGCUGCACAAACAGUGAAGGGGCUUUCCAGUGCUGGUGUGAAGCAGGUUACGAGCUACGACCCGAUCGGCGCAGCUGCAAGGCUCUGGGGCCAGAACCUGUGCUACUGUUUGCCAACCGUAUCGACAUCCGGCAGGUGCUCCCGCACCGCUCCGAAUACACGCUGCUACUGAACAACCUGGAGAACGCCAUCGCCCUUGACUUUCAUCACCGGCGGGAGCUAGUCUUCUGGUCUGAUGUCACCCUGGACCGCAUCCUCCGUGCCAACCUUAAUGGCAGCAAUGUGGAGGAGGUGGUGUCUACUGGGCUAGAAAGCCCAGGGGGCCUGGCUGUGGAUUGGGUCCAUGACAAGCUCUACUGGACUGACUCCGGGACUUCGAGGAUUGAGGUGGCUAAUCUGGAUGGGGCCCACCGGAAGGUGCUGCUGUGGCAGAGCCUGGAGAAGCCCAGGGCCAUUGCUUUGCACCCCAUGGAAGGAACCAUUUAUUGGACAGACUGGGGCAACACCCCUCGCAUUGAGGCCUCCAGCAUGGAUGGCUCUGGACGUCGCAUCAUUGCUGACACUCAUCUUUUCUGGCCCAACGGCCUCACCAUCGACUAUGCUGGACGCCGCAUGUACUGGGUGGAUGCUAAGCACCACGUCAUCGAGAGGGCCAAUCUAGAUGGGAGUCACCGCAAGGCUGUCAUUAGCCAGGGCCUCCCACAUCCCUUUGCCAUCACAGUGUUUGAAGACAGCUUGUAUUGGACAGACUGGCACACCAAGAGCAUCAAUAGUGCCAACAAGUUUACUGGGAAGAAUCAGGAGAUCAUUCGCAACAAGCUCCACUUUCCUAUGGACAUUCAUACCUUGCAUCCCCAGCGCCAGCCUGCAGGGAAAAACCGCUGUGGGGACAACAAUGGAGGUUGCACUCACCUGUGUCUACCCAGUGGCCAGAACUACACCUGUGCCUGCCCCACUGGCUUCCGAAAGAUCAACAGCCACGCCUGUGCUCAGAGUCUUGACAAGUUCCUGCUUUUUGCCCGAAGGAUGGACAUCCGUCGGAUCAGCUUCGACACAGAGGACCUGUCCGACGAUGUCAUCCCACUGGCUGACGUGCGCAGUGCUGUGGCCCUUGACUGGGACUCCCGAGAUGACCACGUGUACUGGACAGAUGUCAGCACUGAUACCAUCAGCAGGGCCAAGUGGGAUGGAACCGGACAGGAGGUGGUAGUAGAUACCAGUUUGGAGAGCCCUGCUGGCCUGGCAAUUGAUUGGGUCACCAACAAGCUCUACUGGACAGAUGCAGGUACAGACCGGAUCGAAGUGGCUAACACGGACGGCAGCAUGAGGACGGUGCUCAUCUGGGAGAACCUUGACCGUCCUCGGGACAUCGUGGUAGAGCCCAUGGGCGGGUACAUGUAUUGGACGGACUGGGGUGCAAGCCCCAAGAUUGAACGAGCUGGCAUGGAUGCCUCCAGCCGACAAGUCAUCAUCUCUUCGAAUCUGACGUGGCCUAACGGAUUAGCUAUUGACUAUGGGUCCCAGCGGCUGUACUGGGCUGAUGCCGGCAUGAAGACUAUUGAAUUUGCUGGGCUGGAUGGCAGCAAGAGGAAGGUACUAAUUGGAAGUCAACUCCCCCACCCUUUCGGGCUGACUCUAUAUGGACAGCGCAUCUAUUGGACUGACUGGCAGACCAAAAGCAUACAAAGUGCUGACCGGCUGACUGGGCUAGACCGGGAGACACUGCAGGAGAACCUGGAGAAUCUUAUGGACAUCCAUGUCUUCCACCGCCAGAGGCCUCCAGUGACAACACCGUGUGCUGUGGAGAAUGGUGGCUGCAGCCAUUUGUGUCUCAGGUCCCCAAAUCCAAACGGCUUCAGCUGUACCUGCCCCACAGGUAUCAACCUGCUGCUUGAUGGCAAGACGUGCUCGCCAGGCAUGAAUAGUUUCCUCAUCUUCGCCAGGAGGAUUGAUGUUCGCAUGGUCUCCUUGGACAUCCCUUAUUUUGCUGAUGUGGUGGUACCCAUCAACAUGACCAUGAAGAACACCAUUGCCAUUGGAGUGGACCCACUGGAAGGAAAAGUGUACUGGUCUGACAGCACACUGCACAGGAUCAGCCGUGCCAGCCUGGAUGGCUCACAGCAUGAGGACAUCAUCACCACAGGUCUGCAGACCACAGAUGGACUUGCAGUGGAUGCCAUCGGCCGGAAAGUAUACUGGACAGACACGGGAACGAAUCGGAUUGAAGUUGGCAACCUGGAUGGGUCUAUGCGGAAAGUAUUGGUGUGGCAGAACCUUGACAGUCCCCGGGCCAUUGUACUAUACCAUGAAAUGGGGUUCAUGUACUGGACAGACUGGGGGGAGAAUGCCAAAUUAGAGCGUUCUGGAAUGGAUGGUUCAGACCGUACUGUGCUCAUCAACAACAACCUAGGGUGGCCUAAUGGACUGACUGUGGACAAGACCAGCUCCCAACUGCUGUGGGCUGACGCCCAUACUGAGAGAAUUGAGGUGGCUGACCUGAAUGGUGCCAAUCGGCAUACACUGGUAUCACCAGUCCAGCACCCGUAUGGCCUCACUCUACUUGACUCCUAUAUCUACUGGACUGACUGGCAGACCCGUAGCAUCCACCGGGCCGACAAGAAUACUGGCAGCAAUGUCAUCCUUGUGAGGUCCAACCUGCCAGGCCUCAUGGACAUCCAAGCUGUUGACCGGGCACAGCCACUGGGUUUUAAUAAGUGUGGCUCGAGAAAUGGUGGUUGCUCCCACCUCUGUUUACCUCGGCCUUCUGGUUUCUCCUGUGCCUGCCCCACUGGCAUUCAGCUGAAGGGAGAUGGGAAGACCUGUGACCCUUCGCCAGAGACCUACCUGCUCUUCUCUAGCCGAGGCUCCAUUCGCCGUAUCUCACUGGACACCGAUGACCACACAGACGUGCAUGUUCCUGUUCCUGGGCUCAACAAUGUCAUCUCCUUAGACUAUGACAGUCUGGAUGGAAAGGUCUAUUACACAGAUGUGUUCCUGGAUGUUAUCAGGAGAGCAGACCUGAAUGGCAGCAAUAUGGAGACUGUUAUUGGGCAUGGGCUGAAGACCACUGAUGGGCUGGCAGUGGACUGGGUUGCCAGAAACCUGUACUGGACAGAUACAGGCCGAAAUACCAUCGAAGCAUCUCGGCUAGAUGGUUCCAGUCGCAAAGUGCUAAUCAACAACAGUCUAGACGAGCCCCGGGCCAUUGCUGUUUUCCCUAGAAAGGGGUACCUCUUCUGGACAGACUGGGGCCACAUUGCCAAAAUUGAACGGGCAAACCUGGAUGGUUCUGAGAGGAAGGUCCUCAUCAACACAGACCUAGGCUGGCCCAAUGGCCUUACCUUGGACUACGAUACUCGCAGGAUCUACUGGGUAGAUGCACACCUGGAUCGGAUCGAGAGUGCUGACCUCAAUGGGAAGCUGAGGCAGGUCUUGGUCAGCCACGUAUCCCACCCCUUUGCCCUCACACAGCAAGACAGGUGGAUCUACUGGACAGACUGGCAGACCAAAUCCAUCCAGCGUGUUGACAAGUACUCAGGCCGCAACAAGGAGACAGUGCUGGCCAAUGUGGAGGGACUGAUGGAUAUCAUUGUGGUGUCCCCUCAGCGGCAGACAGGGACCAAUGCCUGUGGUGUGAACAAUGGUGGCUGUACCCACCUGUGCUUUGCCAGAGCCUCUGACUUUGUGUGUGCCUGUCCCGAUGAGCCAGACAGUCAUCCCUGCUCCCUUGUACCUGGCCUUGUGCCUCCUGCUCCCAGAGCUACCAGCAUGAAUGAAAAGAGCCCAGUGCUACCCAACACGUUGCCCACCACCUUACAUUCUUCUACCACCAGGACCCGCACAUCUCUGGAGGGGGCAGAAGGAAGAUGCUCUGAAAGGGAUGCCCAGCUGGGGCUCUGUGCACAUUCCAAUGAAGCUAUACCUGCUGCUCCAGGUGAAGGACUGCACGUCAGCUAUGCCAUCGGUGGACUUCUCAGUAUCCUGCUGAUUUUGUUGGUUAUUGCAGCUUUGAUGCUAUACAGACACAGAAAAUCCAAAUUCACGGAUCCUGGAAUGGGAAACCUGACCUAUAGCAACCCCUCCUACCGGACUUCCACUCAGGAAGUGAAGAUUGAAGCAGCUCCCAAGCCAGCCAUGUAUAAUCAGCUGUGCUACAAGAAAGAGGGUGGACCUGACCACAGCUACACCAAGGAGAAGAUCAAGAUUGUAGAGGGAAUUCGCCUCCUGGCUGGGGAUGACGCUGAAUGGGGUGACCUCAAGCAACUGCGCAGCUCCAGGGGGGGCCUUCUACGGGAUCAUGUAUGCAUGAAGACAGACACAGUGUCCAUCCAGGCCAGCUCUGGCUCCCUAGAUGACACGGAGACAGAGCAGCUGCUGCAGGAAGAGCAGUCAGAGUGUAGCAGUGUUCACACUACAGCCACUCCAGAGAGGCGGGGCUCGCUGCCAGACACAGGCUGGAAACAUGAACGCAAGCUCUCCUCAGAAAGCCAGGUCUAAGUGCCCACAUUCUCUUCCCUGCCUGCCUGUUCAUUCUCCUCUGUGGACUUCUGAUCCUUGUGCCCACAUAACAACUAGGGCCGUUUCCCAUGUGCUCAUCUUCUUCCCCACACCCCAAAGUGUUUCCAAGCCCGCAUAGAACCUGUUACUCACCUGAGUCCAAAACUAUCUGGGGACAAGAAGCGAGGGCACAUCUCAAGAAUUUAGACCUGGAUUUUACCAAGAACUUCACCUCUUGCACUCUAUCCUGGGCCCCCUGAAGCUGGGCUCAGCAUGAUUCCUUGUCAGCUCAGAGCUCCACCUCCCUUUGCUCUGGCACCUUAUGUGCCUGCCCCACAGCACCAAUGCAAUUGAUGAUACAAGACUUUGGUCUUCCCCACCCCAGCUGACAUGAUGACCUCUUUGUGAACUGGCCUACCAGGGGCUGGGACUGGAGGUCACAGGUAAAGGUAAUGGCUAGAGGUUGAGAGAAGGAAGAAGCAGCCCAGCUGGUCUGGGUAUUUGGGAAACCUCCAGCCUCAAGUGUUGGUAAUUAUGAAAAACCUUUGCGAGGGUGGGGAUGGGGGAAUGGCACUUGAGCCCUGGGAUCUUGUCCAUUGCUGGCAGUGGACAUUCUUCUCACCCAGGAGUCACUGCUUUGUCAGUUGUGAUACAGGUGAAGUGUGGGUAUGGCUUAAGCUCCUCUUCCUCCUGCUAGAAUGUCUGGGGCCAUUUCUACCUUGAAUAACUGGAGGCCCCUGUCAUGGCAACUUGCUAAUAGGAAUUCCCUCCUGGUGCUGCUACUGGCCAAUACUUUUCUUAAGCUUUUAACUAUGCUGUGAGCUUGAGUGACCAUUGGGUGGGCCCAGAGAGCUUUCAAAGGAUGACUAGAUGUUUUCCUAAAUGGUUAGGAAGAGCAACUAGAGAGACAUAGGACACUCGAGGGCUCAGGAGAAGUAUUGUGAGGUUGAACCUCUUGAGUUCAUUCUCAGGUGCUCAGGGACCCAAGUUCACAGACACAGCCUGUGUCUCUAGGGUGGUUAAGGUCAUGUGCCAACUCUUCUCGCACCCUGUCCACACUAAGGUACCACCAUUAGCUUCCUGCUUCUUUAGGCCGAGGGCUUCUCUCAGGGGAGCUGAGAUUUUUUUUUUUUUUUUUGUGCUACGCUAGAAUUUCCUCCUUGUGUUUCACUUCUGAGAGAGGGAAGUCUAGGCUUGCUUUCCCUAACCAAUCCUGCAUCACCUCAGUCUCCAAUGUCCAGUGACGAGGAGGUCAAUGAAGAUGCCAAGUGGUGAGCAAGGAGUGGAGAGGUGGUGAGAGCAAGUCCAGGCACUUCUCCACAGAAACUAAAGCACAGGAGAGAUUGACAGGAGCUGAGAAUGGAGGGGAGGGCUUUUAGAGGAAGUUUCCUGACUUAAAACAUCUUUUUCAUGGUUAUUGUUAUUCAGAGACCAACAGCCAGGCAUAUGCAUGAAAAACAGGACAAGAUCAAAUCUUUUCUGGUCAGUUAUUAAGAGUAGGAGACAGAUGUCAAACCAUUAGUCUCAUUGUCAUUAGCUAGGCCCAGAUCUGUGUCUACACAUACAGCCAGGGCAGGCCAAAGGCCGUUUCCAGUACACCAACUGAGAAAAGUACAGUGCCACUUCUAAGAGGAAAGACAGACAUUUCACACAGAAAGGGGCAGCAUUUGAGCCUUUAAAUCCAUAGUUAGGGACGAAGAAGUAAACAGAAACAUGGUGUCCUGAGUGGACAGGGGCAAGGUUCUUAUUGCACUUGGGCUGUUCAGAAUGUAGAAAGGACGCAUUUGAGGAAAUAUCUAUUUGAGCACUGAUUUACUCUGUAAAAAGGGCAAAAUCUCUCUGUCCUAAACUAAUGGAAGUGAUUUUCCCAUGCUCAUGUGUAAUGAUUUUAACAUUACUCACUGAAGAGAUUGGACUUUCUGGAGUUAUUUAACCACUAUGUUCAGUAUUUUAGGGCUUUAUGAUAAUUUAAUAUAAAUUUAGCUUUCUUAAUUA